CUCGUCCUGCGCCGCCGCCUGACGGAGGGCCGGGGCGGCAGUCGCGGGUCGGGGGUGUCGGGGCAGCAGGCAGCACUCGGCGCCGCGCUCCUUUUCCUCCUGCCUGCCUCCCAGUGCCGCAGCCGCCAUGGUGAAGGUGUCGUUCAACUCCGCGUUGGCGCAGAAGGAGGCGGCCAAGAAGGAGGAGGAGAACAGCCAGGUGCUGAUUCUGCCGCCGGACGCCAAGGAGCCGGAGGAUGUGGUGGUGCCUGCAGGGCAGAGGAGGGCCUGGUGCUGGUGUAUGUGCUUCGGGCUGGCCUUCAUGCUGGCAGGAGUGAUCCUGGGUGGUGCCUAUCUGUACAAAUACUUCGCAUUCCAGCAGGGCGGUGUAUAUUUCUGUGGAAUAAAAUACAUUGAGGAUGGCUUAAGUUUACCUGAGUCUGGGGCAGAGGCUCAGAGCGCUCGCUACCACACGAUUGAGCAAAACAUCCAGAUCCUGGAGGAGGAAGAUGUUGAGUUUAUCAGUGUGCCAGUCCCUGAGUUUGCUGAUAGCGAUCCUGCUGAUAUCGUCCACGACUUCCAUCGGAGACUGACUGCCUAUCUUGACCUGAGCCUGGAUAAGUGCUACGUAAUCCCUCUGAACACUUCAGUUGUUAUGCCACCCAAAAAUUUCUUGGAGUUGCUCAUCAACAUCAAGGCUGGAACAUACUUGCCUCAGUCCUACUUGAUUCAUGAACAGAUGAUUGUUACUGAUCGCAUUGAAAAUGUGGAUCAGUUGGGAUUCUUUAUUUACCGCCUCUGCCGUGGCAAGGAAACCUACAAACUGCAGCGCAAGGAAGCCAUGAAAGGCAUUCAGAAGCGUGAAGCUGUCAAUUGCAGAAAGAUUCGACAUUUUGAGAACAGAUUUGCUAUGGAAACACUCAUCUGUGAACAGUAAGGAGGAAGGUUACUGUUACAGGAGACUUAAACUACAGUAUGACCCCACCCUUUGUAUUGUGUGCAGUGAUUAUUAUUAUUUUUUUUUUUAAAUCUUCUUUUAUGUAAGUAGUGGACAGGGCUUUACUGCUGAACACCUUCCAUACUUUUCAUCUCAUGAUACAUGUAAAAUCAAUACGUUUUAGUUUUUUCCUUAUUUCCAGGUGUGGUGUACUUCUUAUAUUUGAAUAGCAAUUGUAUAAAGACUUAGUUGCUAGUGCAUUUCAUGUGAUGAAUCUCGAGUACUCAGAGGAAGAGGAAAUCUUUGAAUUAUCCACCAGUUUUUAAGUAAAAUUGAAAAGAAUUGUUAAUGUACAAAUGGACUGCAAGAGCUACUUCUAACUGUAAUAUUACCUGCUAUAUAGUUUGUUACAGCAUAUAGACAAAUCUGUAUUUGACUCCCUAACUAAGUGCAAUUUGUUUCGUUUUUAAAAUAUUGUCAUAUUUACCUUUUUAGAUUUGAUUUCUGACUUGAUGUUUUAAAAUGGCGAGUGUUUGCUGUAACAAUCUUUUAGAAAAUUAAGAAGUAACUUAUGUUACUAACUUGUAUAUAAUCCAUGUAUGUGCAAUGGAAAAUAAAUCUUAUAAACCUG